UUUGUGACUUUAUGAUCUGUAACGUUGUUGUAAUGCUGGUUUGAAUAAUUUGAAAGGAUACAUAACAUUCAAAUAGUAAAAAAAAAGCUACAGAAAAACCAGAACACGGAAUUAUAGACAAAAUUAUAUUUGGCAAUUACACGACUAAAUUGUCUUUUUUUUUAACGGCUGACGUUGCUUAGGCUCCAAAAUUCAAGAUGACUUGUGGAGUUUCCUGGGUAGAUAACACACUCAACAAAACAUUUUUCAAAUUAGGAAUAUUUAUUGCAAAAAAUCCAGGAUAUUUCCUUAUAGUGCCAGUACUUUUAGCUUUUUUAUGUAUAACUGGAUUUCAACAAAUCAAAUAUGAGAUAGAUCCAGAGUAUUUAUUCUCGCCGAUUAGCGGUGAGGGCAAACAUGAACGUAGAGUAGUUGAAACAUAUUUUAAAGUAAAUUAUACUCACCGAUUCAACGUUGAACGAGUAACAAGGCCAGGAAGAUUUGGUCGAGUGAUAAUUGUAGCUAAGGAUGAUGAUGAAAAUCUUCUACGCACAUCAGUGUGGAGUGAGCUUCGAAAGCUCGAUGAUAUAAUCCAAAAUACCACAGUGGAUUUCGAUGGAGAAACAUUCAGCUACAAAGAUAUUUGUGCAAAAUGGGAGAAUGAGUGCUACACCAAUGAUAUUUUAAAUUUGGAUUACAUAUUGCCAGAGGUUGAAAGUGGCAACUUAUCGCUUUCAUGGCCAAUUAUGUUGAAUCCAGUUAGCUGGGAUGCACAUGCAUUUCCCGUAUUUUUCGGUGGAACAAAAGUUAAUGCCGAUGCAACAUACAUCGAAAGCGUGCCAUCACUUCAUUUAGUUUAUUUUGUUACGGCAGAUACAAAGCGUCAAGAUGCUAAAGGUGCCGCAUGGGAAGAUAAAUUUUUGGACACAGUCGGCGAGUAUGAAGAGACGGGAUACUUUAAACACAUUGCAGUUGCAAGAUUUGCAUCCCGAACACUUGAUCAUGAACUGGAAAAAAAUACGAGAACUGUCAUUCCCUAUUUUGGUUCCACUUUCAUUUUGAUGGCCGUAUUUAGUGUGCUUACGUGCAUGAUGGGUGACACAGUUAGAUCAAAACCAUGGUUAGGUCUGUUAGGAAAUGUAAGUGCUGUCAUGGCUACUUCUGCUGCCUUCGGUCUAGCAAUGUAUUUGGGAGUUGAAUUUAUCGGAAUCAAUUUAGCAGCGCCUUUCCUUAUGAUUGGUAUUGGAAUUGAUGACACGUUUGUGAUGCUGGCCGCAUGGCGUAGAACAUCCGUAAAACUAUCAGUGCCUGAACGAAUGGGACAUACUAUGUCAGAAGCUGCCGUCUCUAUUACAAUCACCUCAUUGACUGAUAUGAUUAGUUUUUGGAUGGGUAUUUUCAGUCCAUUCCCAUCGGUGAGGAUUUUCUGUACCUACAGUGCAAUGGCUGUAGCCUUCACAUAUUUAUGGCAUAUAACAUUCUUCGCUGCCUGUAUGGCUGUUUUUGGAUAUUUUGAACAUCGAAAUCUACAUGGACUGUUUGGAUGUGAGGUUCAACCGGUCUCUGUUGCAAUUAAAGAAAAUCGGUCAUGGAUUUAUCGAAAAUUCGUAACCGGUGGAAUAAAUCGAAGCGAUCCUGAUAAUCCACUUGACAAUAAGGAGCAUAUGCUGAUGGCAUUCUUUAGAGAUCAUGUAGCGAGAUUUGUGAAUAAAGGUUGGGUGAAAGCCAUGAUUAUUUUAAUAUUUGCGGCAUAUUUGGCUGGCGCGUGUUAUGGUGUGACAAAAAUUGAGGAAGGUCUUGAACGACGAAAAUUAUCUAAAGCUGACUCCUACUCAGUGAAAUUCUUUGACUUAGAAGAUGACUAUUAUCGUGAAUUUCCUUAUAGAAUCCAAGUCAUAAUAAAUGGUGAUUUAAAUUACUCUGACCCAAUAACUCAGAUGAAGAUCGAAGAUGUGAUGCAACAACUCGAGAAUACGUCCUACGUAACAUCAUCAAUUUAUACAGAAUCAUGGCUUAGAACAUUCUUAUCGUUUGCGGAACGUAGUGAUUAUCUUAAUAUGACUGUAGCAUCAGAACAAGACUUUAUUGAAGCUCUAAAAGAGUACUGGCUUUAUCCCGGCAAUCCAUUCUCAUUGGAUGUUAAGUUCAACGACAACGAGACACGAAUUGAGGCAUCAAGAUUCUUAAUUCAAGCAAUUAACAUUUCAGAUACGAAUCAUGAGAAGCAAAUGGUUAGAGAUUUGCGUGAGAUUUGUAAGAACUCGGAUCUUAAUGUGACAAUCUUCCAUCCUUAUUUCGUGUUCUUUGAUCAAUUUGAACUUGUUAGACCAACAUCAAUUCAAUGUAUGGUGAUUGGUGCUAUAAUUAUGAUGAUAAUCUCAUUCAUUUUCAUACCAAAUGUUUUAUGCUCAAUUUGGAUUACAUUUAGUAUUAUAUCAAUUGAGGUCGGUGUUGUUGGCUACAUGUCUUUAUGGGAGGUAAAUCUUGACUCGAUAUCAAUGAUUAAUCUUAUCAUGUGUAUUGGAUUUUCCAUCGACUUUACUGCUCAUAUUUGUUAUGUAUACAUGUCAUCAAAAUGCAAAUUACCUGAGGAUCGAGUUCGAGAAGCUUUAUAUUCAUUGGGAUUACCGAUUGUGCAAGGAUCUGUAAGCACAAUCCUCGGUGUUGUUGCUCUCUUAUUAGCUCAGAGCUACAUCUUCUUGGUAUUCUUCAAAAUGGUAUUUUUAGUAAUCUUAUUCGGUGCUAUGCACGGACUCUUCUUAUUACCAGUUAUGCUCUCACUUUUUGGACCAAAUUCAUGCUCAGAUGUUGAUGAAUCACAUUUUGAUGAUGAUGCUGUGAUGUAUCAAUACAAGCCUGAAAAGAAGGAUGGAAAAAUGCUUCAUCCAUUCACAAUAACACAUCCACAUUUAAUGACAUUGGCAUCGUCACCAAAUGGAAUUUAUUCAAGUAAACAAUUUAUGGCAUCGAACUAUAAAGCAUAUGGUAAUGAUGAAAAGGAUUUGGGUAUUGGGACAUCAAGUGAAGAUUCAAGUGAAAAUUCAAGUAGUAAAUCACAGCGUCGUCAAGCAAUGGAAGAUGAGACUGUAAAGAGACGAUAUGAAGAAGGAUGGAGAAAGUCAUCACAAAGUAUGGCAUCUCCAUCGCCAUGUACAUUCCAGCCAAAUUUAGACCUCUAUGGUAACAAAUUUGAAGAUUUCUGGAACAGCAGCAACGACAAUCUCGCAAAACCAGUUCAAUAUCGUUCGCGUAAUGAGUUGAUCCGCGAAAGGAGUGACCUUGAGUUGUCGAAAACUGAUUCGUUAAGAAAAAACGAGGAGUCGCUUUACGUACGACAAAAAAGACUUUCGGAUUUUGAAAGUAAUGGACAGCAAAACGAUAAGAAACUGCAUUAUUAUGACUACAAUCAAAAGCGAAAGUUUUCAGAUGAAUCUUAUACGAAGGAGAAUAGCAACGAGAGAUCAAGAAAGUAUAUAAAUACACGUCGGAACAUUGUGUAAGACUUAUAAUGAAAAGAAAUUCACAUCUUUUCAGAUUUAUGAUUUAUUAUUUUUAAUAGAUAAUGAUGUUGAUAUUACAUUUUUAAGGAUAUAAAUUGAUUAAAAAUUACCUCUGCCUGUGUGUGCUUUUCCAUUAUUAUACAUGCACAUAGUGAAGAUAGUAACAGAUAAAUAAUAUUAUAAUUAAUGAUUUUCGAUAGAUUUGUAUGGUUUCAUGGAGAUGAGCUGAAAUGUUUUUUUGAUUAGAAACUUUUUGUUUUGGACAUUUGGACAUUAAGAGAAAAAUAAGAAAUUUUGGAAAUACUCAAGUGAGCUACCAAGUUUAUAAUAAUUUAUCAAAUUAACAGCAUUAUACUAGGUGGUAAAUUUUGUGCCAAAUUAUGAAUAGAUAGCAAAGCUAGCUAAUAUUGUGCGUAUAUUAGUUGACUUUAAUCAACUAGACUUUGUCCUGUGUUUUAUUCUUAGAGUUCUCUAACUUCUCUAGAGUUGUUUUACGAUUUUUUUCUCAAGACUUUUAAGAAAUUGAAGAAAUUUUCUCAUUGAUGGACGUGGCUUCCUUGAUAUCUUGAGGAUAAUUCGAUAAUAUCAUUCAAAAUUUAAGAUGUUGGGUGUUUUAAGCAAAGCUAAGUUCUAUAGUAAUUCUUCUGACUCGUGGCACCAUAAUCGUCACUUACAUGAUAAGAAUGCACACUAAAGUCACAAAAUAGUGAUUUACAUACAUACAUACAUCGCUGGCUUUACAGAUCAAUUGUGAUCUAUAGCCUCCCUUAGAUAGUGAUAUAUAAACCUAAUUACAAUUGAUAAAUAGAUGUUUAUGGAACUAGGAAAUUGAGAAAAUUCUUAUAUUGAACUUUAUGAUGCUGAACAUAGUUUCGGAUCCACUGGAAUUGACGCAAUUUUUACAGCUAGAAGAGAAAGAUGGGUUUAGUAACAUAGCAACAAGUUGAAUUGGGCUUUGGGUUCCGUUGCUGAGAUAAAAGGAUUUAGAAGAGGCAGAAGAAGUAGGUUAGCUUUUAAACUUUUGUACCAAAAAAGCUUUAAAGAAAUUGAAGAAAAAAGAGUUUACACUCAACAAUAUUUUGACAUACAGUUAGGUUAUAUACUCACAUGUCUAAGUCCAUAUAACAAAAUUCACUUUCAUUUCAAAAAUCGAAACUACACAAAUUCAUUGAAAAUUUUAUUCAAAGCAAAAAAAAAAAAAUAAUAAACGAAAAACAAAGAAAGACAAAAAAAAAUGACAAAAAAGACUUUUUGAAGAAUUAAAAAGCAAUUCUUAAUCAGUCAUUUGAUUUUAAGGUCGAAUUUUAAUUAAGAAAUUGUAUUCGAUGAUUCUUUUUCUUCUUCACAUAUCAAAUUAAAUUAGUUGUAAAAUAAAUUAAUUUUGAUAGAUAAAAAAAAGUUACCGAAAAGUGAAAAGUGUAUUUUUAAAAAAAAUAAAUCAAAAUUUUUAUGGGAAAAUUUUUGUAAGGAAAUAAAAAUAAAUUAAAUUAAGGUUUUUAUACGACAAGAUGAAGGAGUAGAGUUAUGAAAUAAAUAAGUAAUAA